AUGACGUGUUUCGACAUCGCUUGCGUGCAAUUUUUGAAUCGUGUUCUUCCUACGGUAAGAUCAACGCCGGACCCUAUCCGCGACAUUGUACCAUUAAGAGGUUUACUAGAUGGCGCUCGAUCGCGACAGGGCGAAAUCACUUUCACAGACACAGUCAGUUGCAAGCUUCAUACAAUCAAAUGUUUCAAUACUAGAAGGAAUCUGAGGCUCUUCGAAUUCGGAAGUGGCGCAACAAUGGUCACAUCUAACGAGGCCGUAUUUAUACUAGAAAGCAAGAGCAUGGCAGUGGAUUUCGAAUACGAACUACACUUGGAUAAACGAAUAUGUGUCUACCCCCAGCGAAAGUUCUUGAUUUGUGAAAGAGGAAUUAUUGGAGAAGGAUCCUUUACGCGGCCACUUCCAUCUAACUUGGAACCAACUCUACUGGAGAAACUGAUGGAAGAUUUUGAAUUCAUUCCUCGCGAUUUGGCUGUGCAGAUUCGUAACGAGAUACAUGAUAGAGAAGAAGAUCCCUAUAGCACGCAUUUGGAUAUCGUGGAUUAA